CAGAAACACAAACACGAAGACAAUCUCAGAAGACCAAACAAUAAGCUCAGCUGCAGCUAUGGAGACCCAACUGGUGGAGCUCUGCUUAAACGCCGCGUGUGAAAGCAGAGACAGCGUCGAUAAGUGGCGGAGGCAGCGGCGGAGUCUGGAGCACUUGCCUUCUCAGCUCGCCGACUCUCUCCUCCGCCGCCUCAUCUCUCGUCGCCUCCUCUUCCCUUCUUUGCUCGAGGUGUUCAAAAACAGUGUUGAGGAGAUUGAUCUGAGAGGCGACAACAACGUUGACGCCGAAUGGUUUGCAUACAUUGGAGCAUUUCGUUACCUGCGAAGUUUGAAUGUCUCUGACUGCCGUAAAAUCACAAGCUCAGCUGUUUGGGCUUUAGCAGGGAUGCCGAGUUUAAGGGAGCUGGAUCUUUCGAGAUGCUCCAAGGUCAAUGAUAGUGGCAUUAGACAUCUAUUAUCUCUGACAACUUUGGAGAUGUUGUGUAUUUCGGAGACGGGGGUGUCUGCUAAAGGGGUUAUGCUUCUCUCUUCGCUUGGAAAUUUGUCUGCUCUUGACUUGGGUGGUUUGCCUGUCACUGAUCAAGCAGUGAGUUCUCUGAAGGUACUUACUAAACUCCAGUACCUUGACCUUUGGGGGAGUAAGAUAUCUGACAAGGGUGCUGCUCUUCUUCAUAUGUUCCCUAGGUUGAGUUUCCUCAAUCUAGCUUGGACCAGUGUUACGAAGUUGCCAAAUUGGUUAAGCAUGGAAUGUUUAAACAUGAGUCACUGUACAAUAAAUUCGCUACUUGAAGGUGAUAGUGGUAAAGCUCCUUUACUCAAGCUUAUUCUUUCUGGGGCUACAUUUGGAGAAGAAAUUGCUGAUUUCCAUUAUAUAGAAACAACCCUUCUAACCUUUUUAGAUCUGUCCAAGUCCACAAUUCAAGACUUCAGCUUCUUAUCUCAUCUAACUGCUCUGGUACAUUUGGAUCUCAGCUCAACUGUGAUAGGAGAUGAUUCUCUUGAACUUAUUGCAUGUAUUGGUGUGAAUUUGAAAUAUCUAAAUCUUAAAAAAACCAAAGUAAGCUCUGCAGGAGUUGGAAUUUUAUCAGGGCAUGUACCUAACCUUGAAGUAUUUUCUAUAUCUCAUACAUCAGUAGAUGAUGUUACCAUAUCUUACAUUGGCAUGAUGCCUUCCGUGAAGGAUGUUGACUUGAGCAAUACCAACAUUAAAGGUGUCAUAUACCAGGCAGAGCCUGUUACCGAGCCCGAUCCUGAGCCUGAGUCUGAGCUUGAGCUUGAGUCAGAUUCAGUCCUCUCACUGUCAGCACUUCAAGGUCUCAGGCAUCUGCAAAGAUUGAAUUUGGCAGAUACGCAAGUUACAGAUGCAGCUCUUUACCCUUUAACAAGCUUCCCAGAGUUAAGCCAUUUAUCUCUUAAGAGCGCUUCUCUUACAGACUUCUCCUUUAACUACGUGUCAUCCAUAUCAAAGCUGAAAAGUGUCUGCAUUUAUGAUGGUGUUCUGACAAACUCUGGGCUAAAUUCGUUCAAACCCCCAGCAAGUCUAAGAAUGAUGGACCUGAGAGGUUGUUGGCUCUUAACUGAGGAUGCUAUCACAUCCUUUUCUAAAACUCACCCCCAGAUUGAAUUAUGGCAUGAUCUUGUGCACAUCUCCCGAUCGGACCAGACUUUUUCUAAUACUACCCCUUUUCCAAGAUCAACUUUGAAGACUUCACGAGUGAAGAAGCAUGAAAGUAUUCCCAUGUUGGAAUGUUUUUUAGAUCAAAGAUUGAAGUAUAGCAGAGAAGAGCUUCUUUCUAUGCAGUUCUCAUCUGUUUCCCUCGCAGCUCAUAUUGAUAGAGACAUCGGAAUAUGCAACACAGAAUCCGAUUAAGCUGGAGCAAAUUCAUCAGUUCCAUCCAUAUUAAUUGCAACCUCUUGUAUGCUUUCAAGUCAUAUCCCGUACUCAGCACCAAUGUACUUGUGUUGUACGCUAAAUUCUGUCUGUUUUUUGCAUUCGGUAAUUCCUAGGAUGAUUAGAAGUCUAGCUAGACUCUCUACACAUGGGGUUUACAAUCAAUACUAUGUAUUGAACUGUUGAAGAUAGUGGUCUCGUUUAUUAAAAAUGACAUUUGAUUC